AUGGUCAAACGAGAAGACUUCAAGGCCUGCGAUCAGUCUGGAUUCUGUCGUCGUCAACAGGCAUACGCUUCUAUAGCUGACACGUCAACAUCACCAUCCUUCACGUCCCCAUAUGAAUUGAUCCCAUCCUCCGUACAAGUAGAUCACGGUGCUGGAACCUUGAAAGCAGAUGUAGUCGAUACUGAACGAAAUGUUCCAUACGUCUUGCAUGUCUCGCUCCUCAAAGACGCCACAGCGCGUGUAAAAUUUGGAGAAGCCAAUCCAUUGUACCCUCGAUUCGACAUGCUCGAUGCAUUGACUCGAACUGGAAUACAGGAUGUACCGAUAUCUAUUGCUAAUUAUACUAAAUCCACGUCUGCUACGUCGCCUUUACGUAUUCAACUGGGCGGUACUCCAAAUAAUCUGGAAGUGUUGCUUGUCAUUCAACCGAAACCAUUCAAGUUUGAAUUCUUGAUUGAUGGUGAUCCUGUCAUGGCAUUCAAUGGUAGAGGCUAUCUAUACUAUGAGCACUCUAGAAAGAAGGAGGAUGAUGCAAAUCCACCUGCUGUCGUCGAUCAAACUGGUGGAGAAACUGCUGCUACUCCCUCAGACUUGGACAAACUCAAGGAGGAAUUAAAGAGGGAUCUGUGGGAGGAGACGUACAAAACAUUUGUGGACUCCAAACCUCACGGACCACAAUCAAUUGGAUUCGACGUCUCAUUUCCUGGUUCUUCCCAUGUAUAUGGUCUUUCAGAACAUGGUUCUUCUUUCAAUCUCAAGAGCACGAGGGGUGAAGGAGCAUCGUACUCUGAACCAUACCGUCUAUACAAUUUGGAUGUAUUCGAGUAUGAACUGGAUGAUCCCAUGUCCUUGUAUGGUGCUGUUCCCUUGAUGAUUGCUCACAAAAAGGGUCGCUCUGUUGGUAUGUAUUGGCAAAAUUCUGCGGAAAUGUGGAUCGAUAUAGAGAGAUCUGGCAAAGGAGUCUUGAGCAACCUGGCUUCAUACAUCCCAUUCUCAUCAACGUCAUCCAACGUGCAAACAACCACCACUCACUGGAUGGCAGAAAGUGGACAAUUAGAUGUCUUUUUCUUUUUGGGCCCAGACACCAAAUCAGUAUUACGUCAAUAUGCCACCAUCACUGGAUUUGCUCCCAUGCCACAAUCAUUCGCUAUUGGAUACCACCAAUGUCGAUGGAAUUAUAAUGAUCAACGAGAUGUGCUUGAAGUCGACGCCAACUUUGACAAAUACGAUAUUCCUUAUGAUGUGAUUUGGUUGGAUAUUGAACAUACCGAUGGUAAAAAGUACUUCACGUGGGAUAAGGCAAAGUUUCCAACUCCUCUUGAGAUGCAAAAGAGUUUGGCUGUUACUUCUCGAAAGUUGGUGACGAUCGUAGAUCCUCACUUGAAGAAGGAUGAUUCCUAUCACAUCUUGAAGGAAGCUCAAGAUCGGGAUAUACUAGUCAAGAGCAAGGACAAUGUCAACUAUGAAGGGUGGUGCUGGCCAGGAAACUCCGCUUGGAUUGAUUAUGUCAAUCCAGCAGGUAGAGCUUAUUGGGCUAGUAAAUUCGCUUUUGAUCAAUAUGAAGGUACUUCAGAGACUUUGUAUACAUGGAAUGAUAUGAAUGAGCCAUCUGUAUUUAAUGGACCUGAAGUUACCAUGCACAAGGAUGUCCUGCAUUAUAAUGGAUGGGAGCAUCGUGAUAUUCACAAUGCGUAUGGUAUGCUCAUGGUCGGAGCAACAUUCGAGGGACAAAUGAAACGUACCAAUGGUCGACUACGUGCCUUCGUCUUGUCUCGAGCCUUCUUCGGAGGGUCUCAAAAGUACGGAGCUAUAUGGACUGGUGAUAAUGAUGCAUCAUGGGAACAUCUUGCUGCAUCAGUACCCAUGUUGCUCAGUGCUGGUAUUUCUGGAAUGGCAUUUGCUGGAGCUGACGUUGGAGGAUUCUUCCGCAAUCCAGAAGUCGAUUUGUUGGAACGCUGGUAUCAAAUAGGAGCCUUCCAACCCUUCUUCCGAGCACACGCCCAUAUUGAUACCAAGAGACGAGAACCAUGGCUCUUUGGUGAUGUAGUAACGGGUCGUAUACGAGAAGUAAUCCGCUCCCGAUAUCGAUUAUUGCCAUUCUGGUAUACUUUGUUCCAAGAAUGGACGAUCACCAACUUGCCUCCUAUGAGACCUAUGAUGUUGGGAUAUCCAGAUGAUGAAGCCAGUUUUGGAAUUGAUGAUCAAUUUAUGCUUGGAGAUUCACUUGUCGUCAAGGGUAUCUACACCAAGGAUGCUAAGAGUGUUGAUGUGUAUCUUCCCAAACAGGAUGUAUGGUAUGAUUACUUUACUUUUACCAAAGUAACUCCAACAUCCCAAUCACGAUAUGUGGCACCUACUGUACUGGAACAUAUUCCUGUGUUUAUACGUGGUGGAUCUAUUAUUCCUCGUCGUGAUCGUGUCCGUCGUUCAUCAUCAUUGAUGAAGCGAGAUCCGUUUACUUUGGUGAUUGCUCUGGAUGAGAAGGCAAGUGCUGACUUCGGUGAAGCUACAGGCUCGUUGUAUCUAGAUGAUGGCGAGACAUUUGCCUUCCAAAAGGGCGAAUUCAUCCACACGACCUUCACAUUUGGACACAACACAUUGACUGCCGUAGUAUCUCCCAAAUCCGCCGCAGCACUACGAUCUAGCAGUAACGCUGGUGCCUCAGGAGUAUUUGAAGCACGGGUUGAACGAUUGAUUCUUGUUGGGGUUGGCAAGGACAAGAUGAAGAGUGCACGUAUCAAUGGUAAAGAGUUGGGAGUUACUGUUGAAAAGCAUGUAUAUGCAUCGUCGUGGAAGAUUGUAGUUAAAGAUCCGGGAGCGGAGGGAGCUGUUAUUGGCAAGUCUUGGAGUGUGGAGUUCUCGUAA